AUGGAAAAAAUGAAGGCUCUUUCACAAACACAAUCGUCAACCAAAAUCAACAAUAAGAAACGUUCACCGACAUUUGUGGUCAAACGCGCAUCAUCGACGAUCGUGCAAGUAGAGAAAACUCGUCGAAUUGCAGCAAAUGCGCGCGAACGUCGUCGAAUGAACGGUCUCAACACAGCAUUUGAUCGUCUUCGUACUGUUUUACCAUCGUCGAUGUUUCAGCAACAACGGCGCUUUUCCAAAUAUGAAACUUUACAAAUGGCUCAAAGCUAUAUAGCUGCACUUCAAUCAAUUCUGGAGUUGAACACCUCAACAACUACCGAGCGAAAUCUAUCCAAUGUGAGUAGCACUACCGAUGAAGAUAUGGACAAUUCCGCACAUGAUUAA